UCUCCCUUCCGAUAUUCUCUCUUAACUGAUUUACUCUUCAUCACUUAAUGAGCUGCGUCGAUUUUAGUCAGUCUUUGGACUCCCUACAUUGCGCAGCACCAUAGGUGGUCAUUCCACCAGACUGUCCUACUGAGUGUGGGGUGUCUGGGAUAGAAUGGUAAAUUUGGGACAUGUUGAAGGGCGUUUGUUUGAGUCCCCGAUCCCCACUCCUCCGAUUUUGCUGCGCUGCCCGUUUCUCCGACCCCGAGACGGCACUCCUCUCUCCAACUGCAAUCAAACACUCUAUGCUAAAUCUCAAUCUCGCGUGCUUUCUUUUUAAUCUUGUUGUCUCUCAGCCAUCUAGCUUUCCAAAACCCUAACCCUAAAGCAAUGUGUCCCCUCCCGGCGACAGAGCUCCGUCCGCUGGAUCCAUCCAUAUGGAGAGCCUGCGCCGGGAAAUCCGUUCAUAUCCCCGCCGUUCAUUCUAGGGUUUAUUACUUUCCCCAAGGCCACGUCGAACAAGCCUCUUCCCCUCCCGUCCUCUCCCCUCUAGUCUUCUCCAAACCUUCUGUCCUCUGUCGUGUUGUCGCCGUUUGGUUCCUCGCGGAUCAAGAUACGGAUGAGGUAUUUGCCAAGAUCAGGCUUGAGCCUGUUGGUCGAUCUUGGGAGUCUGGGACUUUGGAACGUAGAAGGGUGGGGGGUGGUGAUGAUGACAAGGAAGAUGAAGGGGAGGAUAAGGUUAUGUCGUUUGUCAAGAUUCUGACCUCGAGCGACGCCAACAAUGGCGGUGGUUUCUCGGUGCCGAGGUUUUGCGCGGACUAUAUAUUCCCGCCCUUGAAUUUUCAGGCAGAUCCGCCUGUGCAGCAUUUGUUGUUUACUGAUCUUCGUGGUACGAAGUGGGAUUUUCGCCACAUUUAUCGUGGCACGCCGAGGCGGCAUUUGCUCACCACUGGUUGGAGCAAGUUUGUGAAUGAUAAAAAAUUAGUAGCAGGAGAUUCGGUGGUAUUUAUGAAGAGGAAUUCGAACGGCGAACUGUUUAUUGGGGUGAGGAGGGACGUGAGAUGGAACAGGAAUGGAGAGAGGUGGAGCUUUCGGAAUGCACUGGCGGGUGCUGUGAAAGCGAAGGAGGUUGGGGGCAUAGAGGGGUUCUCAAGGAGCAGCAGUGGUAGGGUUCGGGCGGAGGAAGUGGCGGAGGCUGCAGAAUUGGCAGCGCGGGGCAUGCCGUUCGAGGUUGUUUACUAUCCACGGGUAGGGUCAUCGGACUUUGUGGUGAAGGCGGAGGUGGUGGAGGAAGCGCUGAGUGUCUUCUGGACUGGAGGCAUGAGGGUCAAAAUGGCGAUGGAGACUGAGGAUUCAUCCAAAACUUCAUUGUUCCAAGGGACAGUUUCGUCUGCUACGGUUAUGGAUAAUGGGCCUUGGAGGGGCUCCCCCUGGCGCAUGCUUCAGGUUACAUGGGAUGAACCUGAAGUUCUGCAGAAUGUGAUGAGAGUGAGUCCUUGGCAAGUUGAAUUGGUUAUGCCCACACCACCAUUUCAUACUGCACCACCCCCAGCAAAGAGAUUCAGAAUUGCUCAAAGUCCAGAGCUACCUAGUGAUGGAGAGGGAGAAAUCUUCUUUCCUAUGGCUGAUACAGUGAUGGGAAUCUUGAACCCCUCAUUGUUGAAUCAUAACACUUUUCCUGCUGGCAUGCAGGGAGCCAGGCAAGUUUCUUUCUAUGUAUCCAGUUUAUCUAACUUAACAAGCGAAAAUACCCAUCAGAUGUGCACCAUCAAUUCACUGGAUGACAUGGCAACAAAGUUGAACACUGUGUCUACUGAGCUGAACAUAGGCAGUUCACUGUCUGACAACUUAUCACCAGAUAGUCAGGGCAGUGUGCAUUUCUUUGGUACCAAACCUGUUGGAAAUCAGGACGGCAACUCCUCAACAAAAGUUGGUAUUCAUUCAUUUCAGUUGUUUGGCAAGGUCAUUCAUAUAAAGCAGCCUGUUGAAGGUAAUUGCAGCGCUGAUGGUUGCACAGAAGAGGUAGUAAAAAAAUACAAUGAAGCUAACUGUGUCAACAACUCACUAGAUCUUUCUUUGACGUACUCUUAUACAAAGCUGCUUGAUGGGUUUGAUGUCCACCAAAUAUCCUCAUCUUUUCAAGUGGAUGUGUCUAUUUUAUGCAGAUAAGAAGCUGUACAGUGCUAGAGGCAGGAAGCUGACUCAAUCUAUUUUGACUUCUGCAGGAAGUAGUGUCUAUGCUAGUUUACUUUAGUUUGCUGUUCACUAUGCUAGUUUACUUUAGUUUGCUGUCUAGGAGUUUCAAAUUUGCUGUAAAGCCAUUCUGAUGACACUAAUGCAGGGAAAUAUAUUGUUCCACCACUAGUAGAUCUAAUUGUUUAUUCAGAACUUGAACA